CAUCCUCAUCGUCCCGGCUGAACGGCGUCACAGCCGCGAUGUGUCAUUUCGACAGAUAAUUUACCUGCUUGUCUCCUAUGCUGUUCCCGAGCCAAGACGAUGUCUGUGAACGACCGUUAGUCCGGUUAUUCGCGUUCAUUUACACUUCUUCUUUAAAAUACUGCUCGCUUGGUUUUAAAUUAGGACGAGGAUGAUGUUUCCAGCGGGCAACAUGUCGCUCAUCGCGCUUGUUUUGGCGCUGCUCGCCGUCGUCCUCUGCACUUCUCAGGUCAGUGCGAACGAGGACUGUCUGUGGUACGUGGAUAGAAAUGGCACCUGGCACAACGGCUUCGACUGCCCUCUCAUCACGUUCUGCUGCGGGAACUGCCAGCGGCGCUACUGCUGCCUGGACGCCUUUAAGAUGAUCACAGAGAGGGAGCAGAAACGCUGCAUGCUCUUCCAGUUCAGGUUAAGCCCCACCACUUUAGCUGGCAUCGCCUCCUCCAUCCUCCUGUUUGUGGCGAUCAUUGCGACCAUGGUCUGCUGCUUCAUGUGCUCCUGCUGUUACCUCUACCAGAGGAGGCAGCAGAGGGGCAGGACACCUUAUGACGUCCAGCAGAUCCCCAUGGCCAGCUAUCCAGUGGAGCCCAUGUAUGAUGCGUAUGGAAAACCACUGGGACCCUCCGAGUAUGCACAUGCAGGCUAUGCACAUGCAGGUUAUGCACAUGCAGGUUAUCCAAUGGCGCCUCAGUACCCUGGCAUGCCCCCACAUUACCCGAUGAUGCAUUCUGGACAUUAUCCACCACACCUGAUGGAUCCUACAUACAGCCAGGCCCCUCCACCUUACUCUCCACCUCAGUAUCCUGGUCAUUGAUGGGCUCAUCUACGCACACACACACACACACACACACACACGCACACACACACAGAGUGGGAAACAACAGCAACUGAGAGAAAGGACUGUUUCAAAAGGAGAAGGCAGCAACACUCUCACGCACACACGCACACAAAUUAACGCUACAGCUCAACUAGCAGCAGGCACUUUAAAAUGUUUUGUUUUUUUCUAUGUUUAUUUACAAUGUUGUCCUACUUUUCUGGAGUAUUGAGGUGAGUCAAAUUAUGUUCUGCAACCUGACGCCUGAUCGCUCCUGCCGGGUUUUGCGGAGGCCGUCACACCAUCCCCCUCUGUGCUGCCACGUUGUGCUCUGACAAUGACAGGGUGUCACCUAAAGACAGAGCUCAUUACCUUACAGAAGAGGGGUCAGAAGGGAUUUCCUAAAAAUGAUAAUGCACUCCCUCUUUAGUUAUUGAAGGGAAAAAUCAUUUACGUCCUUACUUUUGUUAAAUUUGAAUAAAUUGAUAACUGCCGAAGGCUACAUUCCAGGUCACACACACGCUUCAAAUAUGAUUACAUGAUGUUUUUAUUUCUGUAUUUGAUGUGUGUUUUUCCCCCCAGUAAUGUGGUAGAGGCUAAAAUGAAAAACAAACUGCAUGUUUGAUUUAAAAAGGUGACAUGUACGGCUCUAAAAGGCAGCGUGAUGCUGUCUUAAAUAUGCAGAAGGAUUUUAUGGUUUUCUUAAUUCUGUGUAAGAAGCCUUUAGUCGCUCGUUAGUUUCAACUUCGUCUCUUCUUUGUAUCUGACUCGACUAAUUUACUUCAUGGUAGUAUAUUAGCGGCGCCAUUCUAAUGCAACAUCUCGACAUCAGCAUGCUACUCGAAGUCAUCUGUCCUCUCAUGCUUCUUUUCUGGUUUGAAACGAAUUAGAAAUCUUUAGAUUAAUCCCAUAAUGCCAGGUAGGAUGUUUUCCAGUGAUUUCAUGUUAAAUGUUUAUUUCUUGUAACCUAUCAGGUCAGGGGAGUUGCAGGUCACGCUGCUUGGUUAAAACAAAAUGUCCCAUCUUACAAUAAUUAACCAUGAAGAGGAAAAGAUUAACUAUUUAAAUGCAUAUUUUGAAAAUCUGUUCUUCAGCUGAAUAUUUUAUGAUAUUGUAACAAGUUAUUUUAAACAAUGUGUUGUUAUUUUAACAUAAGAUAUGAUGUUUUACCAUUUUUGGUAUUUAUUAUUGUUAUUAUUAAGGUUACCUUUUACUGUGAAUGGGUUGUCACCUUGUGGACUAGCUGCAAAGCCAAAAAUCACUACUGUUGAAAAGGUACAUUUUGUUGUCUCUUUAAGGUCAUAGUUUGACAUUUUGGGAAUCAAUCAGGAGUUUCUUUAAAUCCUUAACAUUUAGUAGAUAUACUGGAUAUAUAUUGCAGAUAUCUAUAAUUCCAUUGAGGUCACUUCAGAUAUUUGUUGAUAUCUAGAAUGAACAUUUUUGAUAUUUGCAAUAGAAUCUUUACUGGGGAAAAACUCAUUUCAGAAAUCUACAAUCAAAAUGUUAGUCAUCAGAAUUUUAAUAUCCGAUAUCCCAAAUGAAAAACCGUUCCAGAUAUCCAUAAUGCGCAUUGUAUGCUAGCUCUUUCCCUCUGUUUACAGUCAUUGUGCUAAGCUAAGCUAACUGUAUGUGAGUGGUAUCAGUCUUCUCAUCUGGCGUUACUUGACAACAACAACAACAACAACAACAACAACAACAACAACAACAACAACAAAAAAGCAAGUGCGUUUCCCAAAAUGUCAAACUACUCCUUUUAAAUUCACAUUUACAGAUUUGGGCUCAAGUGAGGUCAGGGCCUGUAACCUGUAAUUAUUCUGUAUUUGGGUUAAGUUAAGCAUCUUGGACAAACCCUGUGCCCUUUGUAAGAUGUAUGAACAGUAAAACAUCAAGCAUGUGUUGUACAGUUAGCUGUCUGACUACUGAUAGGUGACGAGUACCUUUAUUCGGGUGUAAUGUAUCUCGAGUCACAAUGAGACAUUAAAAAACUCUGUUAUGCUGAUUGAUCAGAGAAGACUGAGACUUACUGCUGUAGCUCGUCUCCAAACAAGAACUAUUACUGCUGCUUUACAGCAUAACUUGGUUCCUCCGAUGGCGACGUCCAUUUGUACAGAAUUGUUGAGCCUUUGUGAAGCACAAAGAGAACACUGGACUCUUCUUUGUAAGAUGCUUUCAUAUGUAGUUCGACAUAACAUUUGCUCAAUGAUGUGUUUAUUUGUGCUUCUAAACCAACUCCAUGAGUGUGUUUACGGAAACUGACAUCAGUUGGCAGAAUAACUUGUCUCGAUGAAUGGCUUUUUGUCUGUUGUCAUAUGGAUGGUAUGACAUUGUAUAAUAAAGUGAGUGAAAAGGUUUUAUUUCUAUUAACAUAAAAUUUAACUUUGGAAUGUAAAAAUC